CUGGCUACGCCACUGGACAUGAAUAGGAUUGUUGCAAUUAAGAAGUGAAUUUCGGCCAUAAUGGCGACAAUGAUAACGAUGCCUGUUACACCAACUUCCAACCAGAGCUUAAUUAAUCGUUGGAACGUUUUGAGGAGGUUUAUUUGGUGUGUAAACGACGUGGUACUGAGUGCACUCCUUAAACCUUUGGAGUUGGGGAGGAAUAAUGAAUUUCAGCACGUACUUUCAGACUCAGAUUUUGAUAAAACGUCCACUAAAUGGGAGGAGAAUAUUAGAUUGGCAAUGAAAUUUUCACCCAACACGACUGGUAAAAAUACGAAUUCGGAGCUAUCCAAUAUUAUCUCUGAAAUAAAAGCAUCGUUUGAAAAAACCUCGAACUCAUUAGAUAUACUUCAAACGCAUCUUGAAUUGCCAAGUGAGAAAACUAGUAAAACUCUGAAGACUUUGUUUGAUCGUGAAAAAAGAAAAGGGUUUCUUCCAGAGGAAAAGAUCGACAAUUUGUUGAAUUUUUUAGUUAAUGGAUACUACCAGAAUUCCGAAAACGAAAGCAAAGCAUUUCAAUGUCAGGAUAGAGAAAGUUCAAGCUCUGAAAUCUGCAUUAUUGAUUUUGACGUUUCACCAGAUCAUGUGUCAACUUUUUCCAAAGAAACCUUUAGAAAAAAUAUAAAAGUAGAAGAUUUCACAAUUGGAAGUGUACUUGGCUCAUUUAAAUCGUUAAAAUCAGACGAUUUGGACGUGGAAUUCAUGGUAAGUGUCUUGGAAGACAAAUUCCACUCUCAAACAGAGCAAAUAAAAUUAUUGAAAAGUGAAAAUCAAAACGUUUUGGCUGAACUUGGGGAAAUUCUCUUCGUAGAAAAUGUGAGAGAAAAGCAGGGACAGUUCGAACAAAUAUAUCCAACUUCGUUGCAACAAAAUAUGUCUAUCAGCCACGAUAGACUUAAAAAUAAGCAUCUUGCCCUUAGAAAUGAUUACGAUCAUGAUACCUGUUGCAAUGGAUCUAAUUCCAUGGUGUGUCCAAAUAAUUCCCUAAAAUUUCAAACCUCAAACCAAAAUAUAAAUCCUUUGUCCGGAAAAGAAUCAGUUAUUCAAAAUGCUUCUCCCCUUAAAAAUGUUGUGUUUGGAGCCAACGCUUUAGUGCAUGAAGGCCCAAAUCAAUCAGCGAGUGAUACGAUUAUGACACGAACAAGAGAUGGAGCGGUUUUUCAUGAAGAUUCGAAAGGGAAUUUAUUGUUAAACUCUGGGAAUGACGGUGAAAAUGAAAGUCCAACAACACAAAACCAACUGGGGUUGAAAACAAGCAGCGGAGAGAGUAUCAAGUCACGUGGACGUGAAGCUCAAACGAUCAACGUGCUAGCGUCGACAUCACAAGAUGAUACAGCAACGCAACAUGGGAUUGAACAUAAAGCCAGAGAAAGCAGUGGUCUUACAACAAAACCACCCAGAGAUGACAGCAAUUUCAACAAGAUGAUUCCAAUGGAAGAGAGUUCAUAUCCUUGA